AUGACUAGUCGCAGCUCGCAUGUGCUCUUGAUCACUCUUGUCUUGCCAGAUGGAGGCACCUCUGCCAAAAGAAUUCGCCCCUUGGUCGCUGUGGGAUCGACGGUCCUGGCGAUCUUGUUGGUUUCCCUGCUGAUCGCCACGAGUGCGUCUUUGAAGCAGAAGAUGUUAGCGCUCAGGCAGAUGCUAGAGAACGCCUACGUGGAGUAUAACUCUCAGAGCGGCCUGUUGGUCACUCGUCACUUCGACGAUGGAUUCAAACUGCUUGUGUGGUGGAAUGCCGACGUUCGUUACGACCAGAAGAACCUCGUGAAGCUGUUCAAGCCGGAGGCGGAAGGGACGACCAAGUACAUCAACUUUGUCAACUACUCCUCCAUCCAGGAGAAGCUGCUGAAGGGCGACACCUUCCCACCCGAGGGAUCCGACGACCUCGAUGACCUCGUGGUCCUCAUGGUCGGCCAAGUCAAAGUCCCUGCAGACGGUGACUACACGAUCUUCCUCAACACAACUGGAGGGGCGGUGAUCAACGUGACCGACUCUAAGACGGGAGCUAGCGUGGAGCUCUCUGGAGUUUCUGAAGGAGUUGAGAGCGGUGUUGUCACCCUCUCUGAAGGGAUGGCGACCGUGGUUGCCUUCUGGCAUCCUAGCGCUGAUGGUGUGAGCGUUCCGCGGCUGAUCGUCACUUGGAAUGGAACAGGGACAGGAGGAGAGGUACCUCUUGUCGGGCGCCACUGGACGGACGGAAAGUCCACCAAGCCCAAGGGCGAAAGUACGGGAGGAGUGAAGGAGGAGGAGAAUCUGACUUGGAGGGGUCAGUUCCAGACGGGAAGUCCCAUCGUUGAGCUCCCGCCGGCCCACCAGCUGCUGAACGAAACUCCCUGCGCAGCCGUCAGGUUGGACACAAUCAACAUCUCGAGCCACGACGAGCUGUGGUCAAUCGUCCGCGAAGAGGGCGAGGAAGACUUUCUCAGCUACCACGUUGCUGCUGUCUGUCAGGGUCUAGUCAAGACCGAGCAUGCCGGUCGCUAUCAGUUUGACGUGGCCAGCGACGACGGCGCCAGCCUGAUUAUCGAUGACAUCCUGGUGCUGAAUGAGACGGGGGAGGUUGACCCCUUCGUCGUGACCAGCGCGCUUGUCAAACUCCCGGCGGGCUACCACGAAGUGACUUUGACCUGGUUUCAAAACUCAGUGCAAGGGCCAACACAGGCUGGGACUGCCAACUCCCGCUAUGAGAAGCAGACAGGGGGGCAGGUGCUCGUGCUCCUCUACCGUGGGCCAGACAACCACUACAACGUCAAUCUCUCUGACCCCAUGGGCCCCGAACUCUCGUCUGGAGGAAGAAUCGUGCUGAUUCCUCCUCCCCAGAACCCUGCACAGAUCACUUACUCAGGGAACGGACCUCUCAUCUGGAGCCCGGCCGCCUCUGACUACUCCCUUCUUACUCAAGGAUUUUUCCUCCCCGGCGGCUUCGGCGACAUCAAGGGGUUGAAACUUACGGGAGGAAGAACCGUACAUGGACGAUUGCUGGGUUAUUCUGCAUCCAACGGCAAGUUCAGGAAAGAGCGAAACCCACUGGAAAGCUUCGACAAGAAGUGGUACUCGAAGAACAAGAACAAGGAGUGGAGGAAGUACGACUACCAUGGAAAGGACUAUGACGAUGAGAUCUCCAGCAAGGCCGACAGCAUCAUUAAGCCUUGGACGGACCACAGCAAAGCUGCUUACGAGUACGGUCACAACCCCAACAAGAGACUGCAGGUCCCAGACUCGGUCUACACUCAGGAUCCUCCCUAUGACAUGAACGUCGUCGACAUCGGAGGCAAAGGAAUUCAGUGGCAGCACAACGAGGGAAGCAUCGGCGAUGAUGUGAAGACAAUCAACGGGGAGAGCAGCGUGAUCGGUAGGACAGGCAGUAGGACAGCGGGAGGAGAGGAUGAGAAGGAGGGUGAUAAUGACAAGGCAGGGGGGGGGGGAGAGGGCGAAGAGGAAGACGAGGAUGAAGCUAUUGGGGGCAGGGGCAGGAGGCGGAGGAUUUCCUAA